AUGCUGGUUCUGGGUGUGAAUUCGAAGAGGCAGAGGCGGCCGAACGUUAGGUUGGUAGAGAUAGGAGAUGGUUCGGCAGCCUUUUCUUGUGGCAUUCCUCAGAAACUUAAAGGAAAUUGGGAGAAGGGAUUGAAACUGGAUCGAGUCUCACAGUUCGGCGCCUCAGAACCUGGUGUCUCACCUAGGGUUUCGGCUGAGGCACAUAAUCGGGAGAAUCGGAAUCCUAAUUCUGGCAAAACAGUCUGGGAAUUCACGUGUUCAGACGACGUUGAUGUGGUUAAGCCGGAGCUGGAUUUUGGAGAGUUUAAUCCGAAUUUGGAUUCAGGAGCAGCUAGCCUAACAUGUGAUUUUGGAGCUGGAAAGCCGAAAUCGAAAUCUGGAGCGGUUAACCCGAAAUUGGGUUUUGGAACAGUCAAGCCAAAGUUGGAUUUUGGAACAGUGACCCGAAGAGGCAGGGUCAUGAAGCGCCGGGGGCGGAGCACGAGAGGCAACAGCGGGAUUGGUAGUGUUUGGAAUUCUAGGGCUAGUCCUGAUAUCAGUAAUAGAAAUGAUGAUUUUGCCAUUGGUUUGAAGGAUUCUUCGUAUCAAGAAGCUUCUGAUAUGAGCAAAGACGCAUGUGAUAAUGAGUGUUUUGGACCUGUUUCAGACAUGCAGAUGCCUGGCGAUUUGGAUGGCUUUCAGAUGUGGAAUGGUUAUUGCAAGGAAAGCAAUGGUUUGUCUUCUGACUAUGGCGAUUUCUCGGAUCACAAGAUCAGCAAGGCCGACAGGGUGAUGGUCGUUGGCACGGUUGUAAAUAGCGUUGGUGUGUGGCUGGAGGAGCUUGGGUUUGGUAGGUAUGCUGGUGUGUUCGAAAUGCAUGAAGUUGAUGAGGAGACGUUGCCUUUACUCACCUUGGAAGACCUCAAAGAGAUGGGUAUAAAUGCUGUUGGGCCUCGGAGGAAGAUUUUCACUGCAAUUCAGCUUCUUAAGGAGACGUCUUCCGCUCAAUAG